CUUCCGCUUCCGGUUUGCUUCCGGCGCCAUGGCGACCGUAAGGGGAUUGAGGUAUCUGUUGACGUUUGGCAGAUGGCGCCGCAGUCUUGGAGUCCUUCCCCAGGCUCGAGCGCUCGCCGCGCUCGUGCCCGGUGUAACCCAAGUAGAUAACAAAUGUGAUUUUCUGGGAAAGAGGCCCCAUCGCCGUCACCCUGGCAUCCUGCAGUUGCCUCGCGUGCGGCUGCCGCAAGCUUUGGUGAAUGCGGCGCAGUUACUACUGCUCGAGAGCUCGAUGCCCAACGUGGAGAAGCAGGUGCAAGUACUGACCAAUUAUCUCUGGAGCCGUCAUGUACCGGUGGAGCAAGAGGAGUUGCGAAGACGGGCUGUAGAUCUUGAGAAAAAAUUCAUGGAAAACCCAGACUCAUCUUUGAGUGAAGAGAAACUUCAUCAAGCAGUGCUGCGUGCUUUACGCAAAACUACCUAUCACUGGCAAGAAUUGAGCUACAAUGAAGGACUAAGCCUGGUGUAUAUGGCAGCAAGACUGGAUGGUGGCUUCGCAGCAGUCUCCCGGGCAUUCCAUGAGAUCCAGUCUCGAAUUCCAGAGUUCCAGCCACAAACCUUAAUGGACUUUGGCUCGGGUACUGGUUCUGUCAUCUGGGCUGCUCACAGUACUUGGGGCCAGAGCCUACAUGAAUAUAUGUGUGUGGACAGUUCGGCUGCUAUGUUGAAUUUGGCAGAAAAACUACUGAAAGGUGGUUCAGAAUCUGGGCAACCUUAUGUUCCAGGUGUCUUUUUCAGACAGUUUCUGCCAGUAUCACCCAAGGUGCAAUUUGAUGUGGUGGUAUCAGCCUUCUCCUUGAGCGAACUGCCCGGCAAGGCUGAGCGCACUGAGGUAGUCCAGACCUUAUGGCGCAAGACAAGUCGCUUUCUGAUACUCCUGGAAAAUGGCACAAAAGCUGGCCACCGUAUUCUCAUGGAUGCUAGGGACCUGAUUCUUAAGGGAAAAGAGAAGUCACCACUGGAUUCUCAACCUGGUUUUGUCUUUGCCCCAUGUCCUCAUGAACUUCCUUGUCCCCAGUUGACAGCUUCUAAGCCCCUGGCCUGUAGCUUUUCCCAGGCUUACCAUCCUAUCCCCUUCAGUUGGAACAAGAAGCCAGCAGAAGAAAAGUUUUCGAUGGUAAUCCUUGCCCGGGGUUCUCCAGAGGAGGGUAAUCGCUGGCCCCGAAUCACUCAGCCUGUCCUAAGACGGCCACGCCAUGUGCAUUGUCACUUGUGCUGUCCAGACGGGCACAUGCAGCAUGCUGUGAUCACAGCCCGCCGGCACGGCAGGGAUUUGUACCGCUGUGCCCGUGUGAGCUCCUGGGGAGAUCUUUUACCUGUGAUCUCUCCCUCUGAUCCUUCUCCAUCCUCUGCUAAAGAUCCCCUAAGAGCUGAUAAUGUUGUGUAACAAAAUGUUCUCAUGUCUAUCAAGGCUGAAGCUACCUGGUAUCCAGGGUGGGAGUGCUGGUACCCCUACAGACCCGUGUAUGUCAGAGAUUUUAAUAAAGUGUUCAAAUACUGAAAAUGGAUCUUGUGAUUUCUGAAAGGUAUGGAGGUCAGUUGUCAUGGCCUACCCUAUAAUUAAGAGGAUCUGGAUUCAAUGCCUGUCUUCCCACACAAAUCUCAAGCACAUCC